UAUUGUACAAUUGCUAUACAUUUUGAAAAUGAUCCCUUGUAAAGAGAACAUCAUUUUAAGAUCAGUUUUGAAACUCUGGGAAGUAAUAGGUGAGCUCAGAAUUAUGAAAAUCUGACAAGGUACAUUAUCACCACCAGAUGGUAGUAGAGCAUCUCUUGAGACCAAACAAACUCUUAAGAACCCCUCUUUCUCUGUUUACUCUUUAGCAACAGUAAGUUUCUUCCAAAAAUGCAGAUUCGUUGUGUUGUGAAAAGGCCAGAGUCGUUGCAGUCGCUCUCGUGGCAGUACAGUUUACUGAAGCAAGAUGAUUUCUGCCCAAAGUGGACACAAUCCUUUGUGGUGAAAUUCAAGGUUUUGCUUGACAAAUAUUCUAUGCGCUGAAGUUCAUGUAUCAGGGCGCUGCUUCAGGGCGCUAGUUUAAUACUGCACGAGCUUUUCACACUCAUACAACACAUAUUUCACCUUGGACUAACUGAAGAAGAGUUUUUAUUUUUUAUUAUUGGUGUAUUUUACGAGUUUAAUUAAUGUGCCAUGCCGUUUGUGGAGUUCGUCGCAGGAUGGAUUUCAGGUGCUGUUGGUUUAGCUGUUGGACACCCUUUGGACACAGUAAAGGUGCGCUUGCAGACCCAGGCUGUGUAUAGAGGGAUAUUUGAUUGUGUGGUCAAAACAUACACACAUGAAGGAUUUCGUGGAUUUUUUAAAGGCAUGUCAUUUCCUGUCGUCUCUGUUGCCAUUAGCAACGCUGUGGCCUUUGGUUCAUACAGUAAUGCGCUGGAUUACCUUACUCGGUCAGGUAAACACAACAACUCUGACCAAAGCAAGCGGGCGUCACUCACUGCUGUGUUCAUGGCCGGGUGUUUUUCAGGCUUAGCACAGUUGUUUGUUACAGCUCCGACAGACCUGGUUAAAGUGCGUCUGCAGAACCAGACGAAGUCAGGUAGGAAUAAGUACAGAGGACCCAUACAUUGUAUUGCUGUGAUCUUGAGAGAGGAUGGGGUGAAAGGCCUUUUCAGAGGAAUUUGGGCUCUUGCCCUGCGCGACGUGCCUUGUUAUGGACUUUACUUCCUGCCAUAUGAGCUGAUCUGCAGGAUGCUGACUGAGAAAGGGAAGCAACCUGGUAACACUGUUGUGCUGGUGGCCGGUGGUGUUGCUGGCGUGGUCACAUGGGCCUGUGCCACUCCCAUGGACAUGGUGAAGGCUCGACUGCAGAUGUGUGGCGGCGGCGGUCGCAUGUACAGCGGUGUGCUGAACUGCAUUACUGUGAGUGUGCGUGAGGAGGGCAUGCGGGUCUUCUUCAAAGGCCUUCUUCUGAACAGCGUGAGAGCGUUCCCUGUGAAUGCCGUGACCUUCCUCAGCUUUGAGAUGCUGCUGAGAGCCAUGACCGACUCACCUCAGGACUGAGGACAGCUGCAGGAUGACAGAUUUUUGUAGGCCAAAACUCAGAAACGAGUUCGCAAGUUAGCAUUUCCAUCGGUUCCAUCAUUCUUUGAUGGGUUUUUACUUUGAUGACAGACUUUACUCGGGCAUUACCGAACGACCAAAUCAACGAGAUUGGUCCACUGGUUAGUCAAGUUUUCCCGUCCCAUCAUUCAAAGUUUUUGUAUAAAAACAUGACAGAAGGCAGAG